AUGGUUAUGGUAUAUUACGGCAAAUAUUGGCAUUCCGCAUCAGGAACUCAGUUUCAAACGAAGUUCGCCAGGUGUCCAAGAGCAGAUAUCAUCGAGUUUUCUUGUGGAUGUUCUAUCAAAGUCGACAAACCUACCAAACUAUGGACAAAUCCUAGAGAGACCUUCUGCAAUUUCUUCGGUGGUAUAUUUUCGAAAUCUCUUAGUGCUAUUGGAAUAUCGCCGGGAGAUUCCCUUUGGAGCAAUACAAACUUUCCGAAGACUCCUCACAUCUGCUGCCCUAAAGAUCCAAACCUGACGGUGGAAUUGACUGAGAUGGUUGCUGCUUCAAAUGAAAAAUAUCUCCGUAUGGCCAUCACUUCUAGUUGGCUCGAGAAAAGAAAACAUAGCAAGAACACGGGAACCAAUCCUACAAUCAGGACAAUUAAAUACAAACCACGAACCGAGAAGGAUUACACCUACAUCGCAACCAAGUUCUUCCUCCCAUUUUUCGAAAAUACUUCAAGAUGUCCUACUCCAAGAGACUCCAGAGAGAAGAGAAUUCUGAAGACGAGAAACUCAAAACAGCACCAUGAACCCGACGAGAAGAAGGAAAUGCCGGCUUUGACUGAUGCGGAAUUGAUAGCACUUUUCUCCCAAACAUCUCUGAAAGAAAAGAAGACGAAAGCUCCCUUGGCCGUUCGAAAAUCACGAAAGUAG